UUCUUUUAUUUUUAAAUAUACAACGUGAACAACGACAGAUUUACUUGACUUCAGCAUGGCUUUAGUUUGUAUAGCAGUAUUUGAGCAUGCAGGGAUUUUUACGCAAUUUUUCUGUAAGUGUUUGUGUGUGUGAUCUGAUCGAUGUUGUGCAAAAACACACAACACUUGAGAGUCAACACUAGAAGAAAGUGCAGCAGCCUUUUGAGCAAUUCAUGCACACUGAGAGAAUCAGAUGAGGGGUUUUAUUGUUUUUUAUUAUUUUAUUUGCUGUGGUGUAUUUGUGCAAGUAUAAAUAUAACAAAUAUAAAAGUAGGAAAAAAAAAACUGUGAGCAUCAGGGGAGGGAUUUUGCAAUAUGUUGUAAGUACACACGAGACUGGAUUGUGCAAUGUAACGUUAGCCCGUUGUUUGCCAAGGAAAGUUAAAGAGUUAUCCAGUUUGAGUUAUUUAUUUAAAUGAUGCAGGUUUUUUUAUCAUUUACAAACCAUUGCAUUGCUGUAACACUUAACUUCAAAACCCCUUUUAUCUUACUGAAACGUCUAACCACUCCAAGGCCUGUGCAAACACUUUGAAGCAGUACUACAGUUUCACCUCUGGAGGAUGCUGUUUCUUUGAAUUGACACAUACACACACAGAGUUAUAAUAUAAAGUUAGAUGUUAGGUGUUGCACCAUGUAUCUGUCCUGUAUCAAACAUUGUACAUUACUGUUUUAUUAUCUCAUUAACAACUCAUUACAUCAAGAGUUCAGCUGAAGGUGCUGCUGGUCAAGCUACAGUCGGACUCAUGUCUCACAGUCAGUACAGUCCUGUGGUGCAGGCAUGUUUUCAACAGGUGAGGUCAGGCGGGGAGGAGGAGGAGGAGGAGAAGAAGGAGGAGGAGGAGCCAGAAGAAGGAAGCAAGACGACUCCAGACCUGUGGACUCACGGGAGUUAGAGGAGAAGUUGACUUUCCAUCUAGUAAACUUGGCUGCUGGAAGAGAUAAAAAGGAGUAUGGCAUCAUAAAGGGGAUUAAGAGAAGGAUCAGGCCAGAGAGCCUUGAAGCCCUGUCUGUGCCUGAGCUGCUGCACUUUACCAAGUCUGGACUUGCUGUCUCAAUCCAGGCAGAUUUACAGCGCAGGUGUGUGUCUGCUGCAGGCCCGGCUAUCUCCCUGUUAGAAAGACAUGCAGCAUGUUGAGGGGUGUAUGAUCAUUUGAAGGACUAUUCAAAACAAUGUGUGUGUGUUUGUGUGUAGAUGGCACAGCAGGAGGAACCCCUGUAUGAUUUCCCGGAGCCCACCCAGUCAACAGAGCGGCCGUUCCAGGGGCAUCAAAGGGGACAGGGCUCCUUGAGAAGCGUCAGCGUGCUGGACCGCCUGCUGCUCACGGUGCCUGUCUGGCUUCAGCUGUCAAUCAACCCUGCUACCGCACUGCACAUACUGCAGAGAGAGCCUCCAGGGACAUUCCUGGUGCGGAAGUCUCGCACAUCUCAGAGAAACGUGCUCUGCGUGCGGCUGGUGGACGACAGCGUGCCGUCCUUCGUCAGGCAGUUUGGCAUCAGGGAGGAACAGAGCACUCUGUGUCUGGAGACUUCGGCCAUCAGUUUUCCAGAUCUGCCGAGACUCAUUUCUUUCUACUGUGUCAGCAGAGAUGUAUUACCUUUCCCUCUGGAGCUUCCUGAAGCCAUCGCAAAGGCAACAUCACACAAAGAGCUGGAGUCCAUCUCACAUAUGGGGAUAGAGUUUUGGAGUUCACAGCUGAACGUCCGAGGGCCGCGGGACGCUCCCAAGCCCCAGAAGGACAAGGAGAAGAAGCCAGACUCUGUAACGCCAGCACCACCUGCUGCUCCUCAACAGACCAGAUCUGAAGGUACUUCUCAGCCCGACUCAGACCACCAGCCCCGGACAGCACCUGAACCAGACGCAGCCACCAGUCAAUCAGCUCCCAACCCCACUUUGUUCCAUGAGUUUUGUCCAAUCACGACGCGCAGCCCCGGGGAGUUGGACUAUGGAACCGGCUUGGGCGCUCUCUGCUUCAUCAAUCCGCUUUUCCUGCAGUAUCAGAACGUUUUGUCCCGACGGCAACUGCUCAAACGCAGCCUCAAAAUUCGAAUUUCCACAGAGACAUCCACCAUGCUGCCACCGCCGCUCGCUCCGCCACCUCCACCGCCUCUCAUGCCCAAAAGUAAGGGGAGGUGUAAAGCACAGAAACAGAAACAGGUUGAUGGAGGCGCCCAGCUCAGUGGAAGUCUUUCUCAAGGUGUGAACCUAAGUCAAGCCACCACCCAGGGGGAUCCCACAGCUCAGGACACCUCAGAGACUCUGACACAAACACAGGAAGGUCCCACUGGAGCGCAAACACAGCUUCCCUCUGCAUCUCCUCUCUCCCAGCCUGAGGAGCAGGAGCCGGGUCAAACUAAAGCUCGAUUCGAGGGAGCAGAGGCUGCCCAGCUCCCAACGGUGAUCGACCAUCUCCAAGAGGACUCAGACUACAGGCAGCCCUCUCCAAUUACCAGCUUCUCCCAACCUCCCUCACUCUCUCCUUACCUCUCCCCUUACAUGGCACCUCCUCUUUUCCCGAAAUCAUCAUUGUCCCACUCUCCUCGCUGCUCCCCCGGUAUUUCUCCCUCUCUCUCCCCUUAUCAAUCCCCAAGCAUGUCUCCCAAGGCCCCAUUUGGUCUCUCUCCAUACGACUCCCCCUGUGCCUCACCCUCCCUUUCACCUUAUCAGUCCCCAUCACUUUCUCCAAAGACCGCCUUCCCCCUGUCUCCCUUCACUGCCUCACCCUUCUCUCAGCUGGCCGAGCAGGUGUAUCACAUACCCUCUGCCACCGCUUUAAGACCUGAUCAGCAAAGAUCACAGCCAGACGCUGAGGAGAAAGGAGAAGUCACCGAUGGAAAUAAGGAGGAAGAAGAUGAAACAAAUGAGGAAUUACAGGAAGAGGAGAGCUUGGUUUUACAGAUGAAUGCUGCGUUUCCUAAUGACAUGGACAGCUGCAGUUCCUUUAGUAGUCUCGAGGGGGCAGCAGAGACUUCAGCUCACUCACUGCAUGAUCAGAACAGUGUGAACCUCUAGCAAAUCGAAAUACAAGACUAUUAAUUAUUAUAUUAUGUGAUAUAAUAAAGUAUAGUGUAAAAUUUGUGAAUAUAUGUUCACAAAUUUUUUUCAUACGCACAAAACCAAAAUUGAUCACGCACAUACCUGAUGUUUUGCAUUUUUAAAGUCGUGUUAAUAGAAAUGUUUUACAGUUUCUAUCACCCUCUGUUUCCCUUGCAUACAAUAAAAUAUCUGACAGAUUU